AUGAUGGAAGAAGAUAUUGCACUCUCCCCUACCACUGUUUCAACGUCAUCCUUCCACACUACUCCGUCACCUACAGACCAUACCAACGAUGGCUCGACAGGCAAGGGCAUCCUCAUUGGCAUGCUCUCCGCUUUCGGCUCAGCCGCCUUCGUCGUCCUCGUCUUCGCCAUCUUUUACUUCUUUAGAUACACCAGUCGAGGACGCAUCUUCUUAGAUCGCAUAGGAAGACCGGGCGAGUAUGACGAUGAGCAGGCGCUGGCAAGAGAGGAGGCCGAUGCUUUAGAGGACAUGGAUGAUCUGCAACGAGUGGAGUAUCUCAGAGCAAAAGGUACGCUGUGGACCUUCUUGCCAUAUGAGUCUCCAUCAUCCCUUCCUGAUGCCCUUGAUAUAGCAUUCAUCCAAGCCAAUCCGCCCGAGACUUUGCCUACGGACAUUUCACUUUCACAGUACCUUGCAAUCCAGGAGAAGGGCGUGUCCGCAUGGGAAUUUGAGCCCGAGCUCGAGAUUGCGAACUGCUUUGUCGAGGGCCGAACGGAGAUCGAGUUUUUUGAUUCUGAAUGUAGUGUCCAAAGCAAUCUGCCCAUACCGAAACAGAACGAGGUUUACUAUUGGGAAGCCAAAGUGUAUGAUAAGCCCGAUUCUUCUUUGAUCAGUAUCGGUGUAUCGACAAAACCAUAUCCCCUCUUCAGACUACCGGGCUGGCACAAAUCCUCAAUAGCCUACACCUCGACCGGCCAACGGCGCUACAACCAACCAUUUACGCCAACCAGUUAUGGUCCUGAGUACGUACAAGGCGAUGUCAUAGGUGUCGGCUAUCGACCACGAACCGGAAGCGUCUUUUUCACACGGAACGGCAAGAAGCUAGACGAUGUAGCUCAUGGCUUGAAGACACAGAAUUUUUUCCCAACAGUGGGCGCAAAUGGUCCCUGCACCGUGCAUGUCAAUUUUGGUCAAAGCGGGUUCGUUUUUAUUGAAGCGAAUGUCAAGAAAUGGGGCCUGGCUCCAAUGACCGGUAGUCUUGCGCCGCCGCCACCGUACGGCAGCGAGCAAGGCAGUAUACUGCUGGAAGCUGGAAGAGACGGCACGAGACAGAGCCAGCCAACUUACGGGCAUGGAAGAUCGCGGAGCGGGAAUAUAAGAACUGCUCCGCCAAUGAGUCCCGGUCCACAACGGUCACCAACGGAGAUUUCCCUCGCGCAAUUGGCCCAUAUACCGUCGAACGAGGAUGUGGGUGAGGGCACUAGUAGGAGUGCGGAACGAGCAGACGGAGUGUUGGACCAGCAAGUAACUGCCCAUGAUCCGCAAGAUUUCUCGGCGCCGCCACCCGAGUACACAAGUCCGGAGGGGUCUCAUGAGAACAGCCGAAGAAGCAGCGAAGGCAGCGAUGACGAUGGUGAGGAAAGACCUCUCAUGCGGCCUGAUUCACCAAGGCCACCUAUACCUAGCUAUGAUGCGGCCGUGGCAGAUGAUCCCCGGUCGAGACAUGAAUACGAUACCCAGCAUAGUGCAUAA